UAAAAUAGUUGCUGCUUCUAAAUAAUUCGCGUGAUCUAAUAUUUGUUGCAGCACUGUAACUUUUCCUACGCAGGAAAUUUAGCUUGGAACUCUUGGCUAGCGCUCCUCCAGCUGGUUAGCAUGCUAACAUUGCGGAUUUCUUGCAGCUCCGGAGUUAGCGUUAGCAACUGUUCUGAGUUUGUUCCGACACAGGAAAGGUUCGUCGCCGUGUGCGGGAAGGACAUUUUUGUUUCUGCUUAAAAGUACCGGAGGCGGCAGUCCUGGGUAACCAGGAGACCCCAUUCGGAGCGCUAACAUUGAAGGCAUCGCACAGCCGGGACUGUGAGGACGAGUGAAGCCGAGGAGAACCGAGCCCCGUGCCGGCUUCGUCAUGGCCCAUUCUCCCGUUCAGGGGAACCUGCCGGGGAUGCAGAAUGCCAGAGUGGACCCCGAGGAGCUGUUCACCAAGCUCGAGCGCAUCGGCAAGGGUUCUUUUGGCGAGGUGUUCAAAGGCAUCGACAAUCGCACGCAGAAAGUGGUGGCCAUCAAGAUCAUAGACUUGGAGGAAGCGGAGGACGAGAUUGAGGACAUCCAGCAGGAGAUCACCGUGUUGAGUCAGUGCGACAGCCCCUUUGUCACCAAGUAUUACGGUUCAUACCUGAAGGACACAAAGCUAUGGAUCAUCAUGGAGUAUUUAGGUGGAGGCUCAGCCUUAGACUUGAUGGAGCCUGGAGCGCUGGAUGAGACCCAAAUCGCCACGAUCCUUAGAGAAAUCCUGAAGGGUCUGGAGUACCUGCACUCCGAGAAGAAGAUCCACAGGGAUAUCAAAGCUGCCAAUGUGCUGUUGUCCGAACAAGGAGAGGUGAAGUUGGCAGACUUUGGCGUGGCUGGCCAGCUCACAGACACUCAAAUCAAACGAAACACCUUUGUGGGGACGCCCUUCUGGAUGGCCCCCGAGGUCAUCAAACAGUCGGCUUAUGACUCUAAGGCUGAUAUUUGGUCACUGGGCAUCACGGCUAUCGAGCUGGCGAAAGGCGAGCCGCCCCACUCAGACCUCCAUCCCAUGAAGGUUUUAUUCCUCAUCCCAAAGAACAACCCGCCCACGCUGGAGGGCAACUAUUGCAAACCCCUCAAGGAGUUCAUCGAAGCCUGUCUCAACAAGGAGCCCAGUUUUAGGCCAACUGCCAAAGAGCUGCUUAAGCAUAAACUGAUCGUCCGCUAUGCGAAAAAGACGUCGUACCUGACCGAGCUGGUAGACAAGUACAGGAGGUGGAAGGCAGAGCAGUCUAGAACUACGGAGUCCAGUUCUGAUGAGUCUGACUCAGAGCAGGACGGUCAGGCGUCAGGUGGGAAUGAUUUUGGCAGUGAUGACUGGAACUUCACCAUCAGAGAAAAGGACCCCAAAAAGCUUCAGAACGGGGAGGGACAGUCGGGAACAGAGCAGACAAAAGACAUUCCAAGGAGGCCUUAUUCACAGAGCCUGACCACAGUCAUAGCUCCUGCAUUAUCUGAGUUGAAAGCUCGACAGGAGCAGGUGAAUGGGAACCCCAUGGUCCUGGAUGAGCUAAGGGAGGCUAUCCUCCUGGCUGAAGAGGCCUACCCGGGCAUCUCCGACUCACUCGUGGCUCACAUGGUGCACAGGCUCCAGAGUUUCUCCACAAGCAGGACAUCCUCUUCCUCCCCUUAGAGAUUGGCUCUCAGCCCCAGCCCUGCUCUCCCACGUCUCCAGGUCCCAUCAACGCCCUAACCAGGUCAAAGGGAUACAUGUCCAUACCAGCUGGACACCAUUUUUGGGUCUCAUUUUGGGGGAAGGGUGCUCAAAAUUAGUUUAAAAAAAAACUCUAUAAAGUGGAGGAACUUGGCAGAGCUUCUUUUCUUCAUUAAUAAGAGGAGAUGUUAGGAGGAUGCAGCACGCAAUGGGACUCAAAAGUCUGGGCAACCAGAUGGGGAAAAGGUCCAGGCUGUGCACGUGCGACACUCCUCCAGCCUCUCGCGGCAGAGCCCUCCGCAUGGUCUUUGCUGCACGAGGAGCCGACUUCAGUUCCUUCUCCCUCCCCUUGCUCUUAAUGCUGGCGUCAUUUCCUCUGAGAGCAUGCUUCAUGAACCUGCAGGGACGUUCUCCGCGCCUAAAAGCUGUGUAAAAACUCCCUGUUUAGGCAAACUGCAGCAUUCUUAAUGAAACCUCAGGUAAAGUGCUUUAAGUCCUCCGAGGCAGGGGGGGGCGCCAUGCUGUACAUGAUUACAAGUUGCAUAAAAGAAAUCACUGUGUACAAAAUAGUCAUGCUCAUUUUGUAGAUAUGAAUAAAGUUUAAAAAAAAAAAAAAGUAGUUAUUUAAACAUCUCAAAAGUUCCUCCAAGAGAAAUGACAGAAAAUGCCUUGCCUUUUUCAGAUUUAUCGAGCAUUUCAUCACCGGUUUAGUUGUUUUUCUUUUACUCGUCAGUAUAAGUCAUCAGUGUUUUUGGUUAACGUUUUAAAUGACUGAAUCCUAAUCUUUCGGUUCAGUCUCCUGCUGAAUCAUCGAACUAACUACGAUACCAAGUUUACUUUUAGUGGAGAUUUUCCUUCGUUUUUGUAGUCGGGAGGGAAAUUUGUGUUCAUGUUUAGAGAAAUGCAGAACAAAGCAAAAUAUAGACAUUUUAAGGGGAACAACAAUGGCUGUUUAGGUGGCUGCGCCGUAGUCUCGUAAUCCUGAGGCUGCAGGCUCGAGCCCAGGUCGCAUCAGGAACGGCAUCCAGCGUAGAAAAACAUUUUUUGCCAAAUUUUGCUUGCAGAUUUUCUUGCAAGGGGAGUCGGAAGUAAAACAAUAUUUUCCGCAGGUUUAGCUGUGAUUAAAACCCUUCGUAAAAACAAGGAAUGUUACAAGACACUUUGCUAACAGACAAACUAGACGGUAAUUCAGAACAAGCCAACCUGCAACAAUUAUAAUCCUCACUGCUGUCAUUUCCGUUCACACUCGCUAUAAAAGUGCCACGUUCACUUUUAUGCUUCCACUAGAUAUUCAUAGUAUU